AUGACCCAGUUUUCAAAUACCAUCGCUGAAACUCAAUAUGCGAAGAAAGCAUCUCAAUAUAUCAAUAUUUUAAAUGAUCUUCGACGUAUAGGCGCGCAUUCUGCAGUUGACUUGCCUACUGUAGUCUUCUGUGGUAAUCAAUCCGCAGGAAAAAGUUCUUUACUAGAAGCAAUUUCAAAUGUUCAAUUACCUAGAUCCGAAGGAACUUGCGCUCGUUGUGUAAUGGAAUUACGCUUAAUUGAAUUAGAAGUAGAAUGGUCGUGCCAAAUUUCUUUACGUCAGGAAUAUAAUGGAAAAGGAAAACGUUUUUCUCAACCUACUGAAGUUAAAUUUGGAAGUUUGAUCAAAUCUCAUAAGGAAGUUGAGUUAAUGGCUCGUAGAGCACAAAAGGCUUUAUUGAAUCCUUCCAAAAAUAGUGACGAAUUUCUUAAUUGGAAUUUUGGGACACGCUACAAUGGUGAUGAUGCAAAUACCAAUGAACUUAAAUUUACCAAGAAUGUAGUCUGUUUAGAAAUCAAAGGAAAGAACGUACCAAAUUUAAGUUUAAUUGAUUUACCUGGAAUCAUUCAUCAUACGGAGAAAGCGGAAGAUAGGAAAUUCAUCGAUUUGAUUAAAGAACUCGUAAAAGAAUAUAUAAAAAAGGAACAGUCAAUAAUAAUUGCCACUAUCACAUGCCGUGAUGAAAUUGAUAAUCAGGCAAUAGUAACUCUUGCUAAGGAAGCAGAUCCUGCAGGGCGUCGCACACUUGGAGUUCUAACCAAGCCAGAUACUAUUGAACGAGGAACACAUGAUAUUUGGUUAAAAAUUUUAAGAGGAGAAGCUCAUAAACUUUCCCUUGGAUACUAUGUUUUCUUUGAAAGCCGAGAUCCUUGGAAAGAUUUUAUGAGUGACCGUAUAGGUGUUAAAAAAUUGCGGCACAAAUUGUCUGAGUUAUUGAUUCAAGCCAUCAAACGUGACCUUCCAAAAAUCAGUAAAGAUGCAGGAGAAAAAUUAGAAGAGGCAUUACCAGAAAAACUCGGUGAAAACUCAAAAAUUGAAAUAUACAAAAUGGUGAAGAAAUGUGUGAAUAAGAUUAAUGAUGAAACAUCUGCAUCAUCUGGAAGUCAUAAACUUUGGCAAAUGAUAAACGCUAAAUUUAAUGAAUUUAAUAAAAAUCUUUUCUUAUCUCGACCAAUUUUCGUUAUUGGUAAAAGAUCAACCAAAUUUGACCUUUUAAAAGAUGAGGUUUGCACUCCCCAAACUCUCCAAAUUCACCAACAAAUUUCCCAACCAAUUUCUACUUUAAAUGAUGUUCCCCAAACUCCCCAAAUUCUCCAAUUUCCUCAACGAAAUUCAUUUUCUUACGGUUGUCAAGAUCUAGAAGAUCAAGAAGAUCAAGAAGAACAAAAGGACACAUUGAAAAUGAUCACAGAACAACAAAUUACAGAACUAAUUAUUAGUGCUCGUGGGAGAUUACUUCCAGGUUUUAUUCCAUACUCAUCAGCAAUGACAAUUAUUAAAGAUACCCAAUUUGAAUGGAAAUCUCCAUCACUUGAAUGUUUAGAUGGAAUUUAUGAUAUUAUGUUUAAUUUUGUGCAUGAUGUGAUUAAUGAAACAUUUUCACGAUUUCCUCUUUUACAUGGGGAAAUGAAUUCGAAAUCAUCUUUUCGCAAAAGACUUAUUGAAAUCUUAAAAGGUGAAGGCAGUAAACCAACUGAUGCUACAGAUAUUAUUGCAUCACUUCUGGCAUAUUUCAAGAUAGCAUUCAAAAGGUAUGCUGACACAAUUGCAAUGACAAUUAUCCACGCAUUUAUUGAUGAAUUUACAAAGAGAAUUGAAGAAAAGCUAGUGGAAAUCUGUGUCAAUGAUGAUGAAGGAUUCGAUAUUGGAGAGUUGAUCCAGGAGGAUCAUAAUUCUCAGGAAAUUUGGAAUAAAAUGAUUUGA